AUGUCGACCACAAUAUCGGUGCUCUUACUUAUCGCUCUCUUCGCUGUCGUGUCCUUGCCAGCAAACGCGUACGAUUCCGAACCUUUACAGGAUUUCUGUGUUGGUGUCAACGACUCAGAGGCUAGCGUAUUCGUGAACGGGAAGAUAUGCAAGGACCCGAACACGGUGACCUCGGAUGACUUCUACUUCUCGGGCCUCAACAAGGCUGGCAACAUAACGAGCCCGUUCGGGACCAAGGUCACGAUCGUAUUCGUGAACCAACUCCCAGGCCUCAACACGCUUGGCAUCUCUAUGGUCCGGAUCGACUUUGCCCCAGCCGGUGCAAACCCUCCUCAUGUGCACCCGCACGCCUCUGAGAUUCUGCUCGUCUUGGAGGGCACGCUCUAUGCGGGCUUCAUAUCAUCGAACCCAACAAAUCCAAAUGACGAGAACAGGCUUUACACCAAGAUUCUUCAUCCUGGGGACGUUUUCUUGUUCCCAAAGGGCCUUAUUCAUUUCCAGUACAACCUCGGGAGCAAGAAUGCUGUUGCGAUUGCGGCGUUGAGCAGCCAGAACCCGGGAGUUGUGACUUUGUCCAAGGCCGUGUUUGGGUCUGAGCCCUCUGUUCUGCCCGACCUUCUCACGAGAUCGUUUCAGCUCGACAGUAAGACGAUCAACCGUCUCCUUUCAUUGGAGUGGAUCGGGAAUGCCUAA